AUGAUUUUUACGAGUGCUGUGCCUUGUGUUUCAGUUUGUUUAUUCCUUUUUGCAAACCCCUUUGUCUCUCUCUCAAGCUUGGAAGAAGGCCAUGUUUGUUCCCUCUCCUCGACAUCAAUCUUGAAAAUUAAUUUUUCAACAGAUGCAAGUCAUAGAAGCCCUCCACAAGAUGACGUUAGGGGUGGAGGUUUCGUUUUUUCAUUCUUUGCUGCAAAGCUAAAGUCGUCAGACCCUCCUUAA